GCCACCUCCGGUCCCAAGGCCCCCAAGGCGAGAAGGGUGCGAGAGGUCUGUCGGCCGCCUUCCGCCGCCUGGAAGCGAAGCUGCAGCCCCAUCGCCAGUUUCCGCAUCCCAGUCGGUGCGUCCCCGGCGCCCGCGGUCCAGCCCCGAAGGCAGGGCGGGUCCACAGGCUUCGGUAACCGCUCCUCCCGCCCCAGCCCCGAACCCCGCGGCCGCUUUAACAGCCGUGGACGUGAGAAUUUUCCACCAAUCUGGAGACCUAGAUGCUGGCGCAGGAACCAAAACCCGAGGGCCGCGGAGAGGCCAGAAGGGCGAGAAGCCAGGGAUCCCGCCUUUCGAGCACCGGGAGCGGGGAGACCCCUGGGCGAAGACCCCCUUCCCCGUGCCCACCACGUGCCCCCCUCUUGCCCCCCUCUCCAGGCGUCCCGGGUCACUUCCCGCCGUCCCCUCCCCAGCUUCCUCGCCCCUGCCCCUGGCGACCCUCCCGGGGUUUCCUGUGUCCCCCGCCCCCACGCCCUUGCCCCCUGGGCGUCCCGAGUCCGCUCCUUGGCCUGGUCCCCCCGCCUCCCAGGACCUUCGCUCGUCCCCUCCCGGAGUUUCUCCGGUGUGCACCCCACCCUCUCCCGGGUCUCCGUGUCCCCUCCCCGCCCCGCCCCCGUUUUUAAACCUGGCGCCGAGCGCGCGGGUCGGGGAGCGCCCUCGCCGGAGCGGUUAAAGGCGCGGCCGAUCGCGGGCGCCGCGUCUUCCGAGGGCACCAUGAGACCCGAGGCGGCGGCCGGAGCCCCGGAGGCGAGGGGACGCGUCUGUCACUGCGUCGGGGACGGUCCCCGGGGACCACCGGCGCCGCGCGGGCCCGAGAGCCAAACUCCAUGGAGACCUUGGACCCUGACCCCUCAGGAAGCUGAGCCCACCAGAACUGGAAGUGAGCUUGAGCCUGGGGGUGAUCAAGAAACCUUUGGAUCGAAGGGGGCCUUUGGGUUUCAGCAUCCUGUCAGACUCUACUUGCCCAUUUCUAAGCGUCAAGAGUAUCUGCAGAGCUCCGGGGAGAAGGUGCUGGCCAGUUUCCCCGUGCAAGCCACCAUCCACUUCUACAAUGACGAGUCUGAGUCAGAGGAGGAGCUGGAGGAAGACACCCAGCUCUCCGCCCUGCAGUGCGAGGAGGUGGCAGAUGGCUCAGAGAGGAAGGCCAGAGAUGGGGCCGCAAACCCGGCGCGGCGGCCCGGGGGCCUCGAUGGAAAGGGUCCACCCCCCGACCCUGACUCCCCCGAGGCUGCUGCCUGCCCCUCAUGCGUGUAAGUCUGUCUCUCCUGCACCUGCCCACCUCGCACGUGCCCUGAGGACAGCCCUGCGGGACAGUUGCCCCAGGACACUUCGCGUUUCCACUGGGCGUACAAGGACUUGACUGCCUUUGGCCAGCACUCCACCAGCCCCCAGGAUUUGGCUUUUACUCAUCCUCCUCUGAGUGAUUCUUUGCGUCUCAUUCAGAGCUUCGAGAGAGGAUUCUAGAUCCAAGAUGUCUGCAUUAAUGCAGGUUGUUACCUGGUAGGGCCGGCCUUCAAAGCACACCCAGCACUGUCACUGUGCCGAUUAAAUGACAAAUCAUUCCAUAUUGAUUAGUACCCCACCCUUGCCUCUCACUUAACCUGAGACCCCUCAUUUGGCUACGUCCACAUUUGUAAACAAAGGUCCCAGCAGUCAAAGCUACGGUUUCUCUGGUAGUUAUGUACAGAUGUGAGAAUUGGACCGUGAAGAAAAUUGAGUGGCAAAGAAUUGAUGCUUUUGAACUCUGGUGCUGGAGAAGACUCUUGAGAGUCCCU